AUGAUUGCCCAACGAGCGGCGACGACGACGCUUCGCCGAGUGGCCGGCAAGCCGAAUGUCUUUUUCACCGCCAACGUUGCCCGGCUAGCCACCCAGCCUCUGUCCACCACCCAGACCAGGCCCGUAGCAACCCAACCGCACCUCACCCCCGCCGACGCCAACGCCAUCCUCGCGAAGCAGCGCCUCAACCGUCCCGUCUCGCCUCAUCUCGCCGUAUACGACAAGCAGCAGACCUGGUUCGGCGGCUCCAUCUGGAUGCGCAUCACGGGGUCUCUCUUCAGCGGCUCGCUCUACGUCUUCGCCACGGCCUACCUCGCGGCCCCGCUUUUGGGCUGGCACCUUGAGAGCGCCUCGCUCGCGGCCGCUUUCGGCGCGCUGCCUGUGGCUCUGAAGGGUGGGAUUAAGUUCUUGGCGGCGUGGCCGUUUGCGUUCCAUGCGAUUAAUGGCGUGCGGCAUUUGCUGUUUGAUAUGGCUAAGGGGUUCCAGAGGCAGACGAUUGUGAAGAGUGGGUGGUAUAUCUGGGGCGCGUCGAUCGUGGGGGGGUUGUACCUUGCUUUCCUCCUUUAA